AUGAUUUCAUUUCUCCCUUCCUUCUAUCUCUCUCUCUCUCUCUCUCUCUUUUUUUCUCCAUCUCUACUUAUUGUAUAUACUUUUCCAUCCCACUUGUUCUCUCUCUGGCUUCUCUUUCCCCUCAAGCCCGUCCCACUCUCUCUCUCUCUCUCAAUCUUUCUCUCUUUUUUUUACUGUUUCACUUUAUCUCUUUUUUAUUUCACACUGCCCACUGUCUCUCUCUUUUUUCUCUCUCCUCCCUCUCACUUUUCUCACCAUCUCGGUCUCUUUUACUCUGCUCUCAAUCAUUCAUUUUUCUCUGUCCUGUCUUCUUGCUGUUUCUCAUAUUCUCUCGGCUCUGUUUCAUUUUCUCUCUGCUUUAUGCCCUUGCUGUCUCUCAUUUUCUCUCUGCUUUAUGCCCUUGCUGUCUCUCAUUUUCUCUCUGCUUUAUGCCCUUGCUGUCUCUCAUUUUCUCUCUGCUUUAUGCCCUUGCUGUCUCUCAUUUUCUCUCUGCUUUAUGCCCUUGCUGUCUCUCAUUUUCUCUCUGCUUUAUGCCCUUGCUGUCUCUCAUUUUCUCUCUGCUUUAUGCCCUUGCUGUCUCUCAUUUUCUCUCUGCUUUAUGCCCUUGCUGUCUCUCAUUUUCUCUCUACUCUUUCAUUUUCUCUAUCUCCCCCCUCUCUCUCGUCCAGAUAUCUCUCUUGCCUCUCCCUGACCUCUCUUUUUUUUCUCUUUCUCCUCUUGUCAUCUCUUUUUUUUUUUUUUUACCUCUCUUUCUUUCACCCACAAUCUCACUUCUUCUCUGUCCUUUCAUUUCUCUCUCCAAGCAAUCUUUUUCUCCUGUCCUCUCUGUGUACAGUCUCUCUUGUUAUUACUGCUUACUUACUCUCUUUUCUGCUCUUUCUCUCUCUCUGUCGUUUCUGCUCUCUUUCUCUCUCUCUCUGUCGUUUCUGCUCUCUUUCUCUCUCUCUCUCUGUCGUUUCUGCUCUCUUUCUCUCUCUCUCUCUGUCGUUUCUGCUCUCUUUCUCUCUCUCUCCCUGCCAUCUCACUUGUUCUUUCUACUUUUGCUACCAUCUCUCUUUCUUUUUACUCUCCUUGUCAUCUUUCAUUCUCUCCACCCUUUCACUUCUCUUUUUUAAUCUCUCUCUCUCAUUGUUUUAG